GCCGCCACGGGCGUGUCAGCGCUGGGCAGCAGGGAGCGCCCAGGCGCAGCCGGAGCCGAGAACGGCCCUGAAAGAGCAGGAGCAGGUGGGCGUGCAAGCAUGGCACCGACACCAGCCCUGCCACGCCGCACCCCAGAGCCGGCCCGGGACCCAUGCCGCGGCACCCCAAAUCUCCGCCAGCAACGCCACACCAGCAUCUUGGGCCGGAGAGCCCCCAGCGCGCAGGCGCACCGGCGGAAGGGGCGCGGGUGGGCGGGGUCAAGAUCCGGAAGUGUCCUUCGCCCGGGGCCUUCCCGGGAAACCUGCGGGCCGGAACCGCCUGGAGUCCCCGCCCCCAGGCGGAACACCAGGUUGCUGGGCAACCGGUGCCGGCGCCGCCGACGGGCUCUGCGCUACCCGGAGCGAGUCGAGUGUAGCUCCCGCCUCCUGCUCCCGCAAUCUCGAGUCGUGCCCGCCUCCCUGCCUGCCGCCGCUCCUCGCCUCGCGGAAUCGCUGCCCUUGGCACUACCUACAUCUCUCCGGCUCCCUCUCCUCCUUGGCGCCCACCUGCCUCCAAGCCAAGCUCCACCGAAAGCGGGGCAGCCCGACCCCGGACAUGACCUCCACGCUGACUGACCGCACCUCUCGGGCCAUGGGCACCUACACCUACACCAGCAGGCCCCGCGUCCUGCCCUGCCAGCGCCGCCGUUACCGGGACAACCUGUUGCAGCCAGAAGAAGAACCCAUGCGUUACGGAAACAUCAUGUAUGACAGAAGGGUGAUCCGAGGCAACACUUACGCGCUACACACAGGGUCACUGCUUGGGCAGCCUGACCCUCUGGAGCUUCAGAAAGAGCAGGCAGCUAAGAGGAGGGCUCUUGCCAGGAAACGAGCCCAAGAGCAGCUCAGGCCGCGGACACCCGAACCUGUGGAAGGCAGGAAGCAUGUGGAUGUGCAGACAGAAUUAUACCUUGAAGAAAUUGCUGAUCGAAUAAUAGAAGUUGAUAUGGAAUGCCAAACAGAUGCAUUUUUGGACAGACCACCAACACCACUCUUCAUUCCUGCCAAGACUGGCAGGGAUGUGGCCACCCAAAUACUAGAAGGAGAGCUUUUUGACUUUGACCUUGAAGUUAAACCAAUGUUAGAAGUUUUGGUGGGGAAAACAAUUGAGCAGGCCCUUCUGGAAGUGAUGGAAGAAGAAGAGUUGGCCAACCUACGGGCCAGUCAGUAUGCAUAUGAAGAAAUACGGAACGUGGAACUGGCCGAAGUUCAGCGACUAGAAGAACAAGAGAGACGACACCGAGAAGAAAAAGAACGUCGUAAGAAGCAGCAAUGGGAAAUAGUAAAUAAACAUAAUGAGACAGCACAAAAGAUUUCCGCCCGUGCAUUUGCACAGCGUUAUCUGGCUGACCUUCUCCCGUCUGUUUUUAGCAGUCUCAGGGAUAGCGGCUACUUUUAUGAUCCUAUUGAAAGAGAUAUUGAAAUAGGAUUUCUUCCAUGGCUAAUGAAUGAAGUUGAAAAAACCAUGGAAUAUAGCAUGGUGGGGAGAACAGUGCUUGACCUGCUGAUCCGUGAAGUGGUUGAAAAGAGACUGAAUAAUUAUGAGCAGAACAUAUCACAGACCCAGAGGCCACAGUCGGACAGAGACUACUUACAAAGAACACAGUAUGACACAAGGUCAUCAUCCCAAGAAAGGAGGUUUAUGGAAGAAAGAGAGCUCUUGGGGCAGGACGAAGACACCGAAAUGAGGAGAACCUUAGGGAACACCGAUCCAGCAGCAGGGGGAGCUUGGGAGCCAUGAAGCCAAAUCAACAGUAACAAUCAGGUAAUGGUGCACAAGUCCCUCAGGAACUAGAAAUUAUGUUGUAUUUAGUCAACAUGUCUUUUUGUCUAAUGAACUGAGCAGGUCAAUUGUGAUGAAAUAAUAAAAUGAAUAAAAAUAACACUUUAAUUCAUUUAUUUAAUAGAAUAUUCAAAGGCUAUAUUGUAAUUCUAGAUUACUAGCUUCCCAUUACCACUAUAUAUAACUAGAGAAUAUAUUUUUCCUUAAUCCUUCUAAGUCUGUGAGGGGGGGGGUUGGUAAGUAUGCUAUCUAAUGUGUAAAAUUAGAUAUUAGCUCUCUAGACCAUAGAUUCUAAUUAGACAUCAGUGCUGUCAGCCACUGAGCUUUUCCUUCUCUAUAGGAAAACUAUUCCAUCCGUUCUAUGAAAGCAUAACUAAAUGUUGUUUUACUGAAAACAGAAGUACUUUCUCCCUGCAAGGAUAAAAAACUCUAUUCCUAUUUGUGUGAAAUUAAACAGAUAGUUACCCCCUCCAUAUUAAGGGAUUCUCUGGAUUGGUAAUAUGUUCUCAUCUAUUUUUUUUUCAUUCCUACUAUGAGAAAAUUCAGGCAGUAUCAAUAAAGCAAAAGUCCUUAUUUACCCUUAUGCAACUCUCUCCUCUCUCCAGAGGAAAACCACUGGUAUUUGUUAGGUGAGUACCAGUAAGGCCUUUUUCAAGGUAUUUAUGUACAUGUAUGUUUGAAGAUCUAUAAAUUUAAAGGUUGAUUUUUCUUUAUGUAUAUACAAAUGCAUUGUGUGCAUUUUUUACCUAACAGCAUGCCUUACCUCUUUCAACAUUAGUACAUGUAAAUUGUUUGUCUUUUAAAAACAGGGUAUAUUAUAUAUUAUGACUGUUACAGGGAAUUCACAUUUGACUUUUUUAUCUGAAUUUGCUUAGAGAAUUUGUCUGUAGUAUUGAAAAAUCACGAUAUUAUUUUAUUUCCAAAGUCUUGUUGAUAUAAAGCAAUAAGGAUAUUCUUCUGAUCCUUUAGAUAGGUUUUAGCCUAUUUUUUAGAAUACUUUAGAUCUAUAAUCUGUAGUGAUUUGAAAUAAUUUAUAAUUAUUAAAGUUAUCAAAUAACUUCCAAUUAUUAACACAUUUACGUCUUAAAAUUUCUUAAAUUAGGUACCAAGAAUAUAAAUGUGGAGAGUGUGCCCAUUUCCCCAAAUAUCGUUAUAUCAUUUAGACCUCGGCAGCCUUCCAAGGCUUUGGGGUAAUGCUCAUAUUUUCACUUUCUAACGUGGGUUCAGUCAGCCAGUAGGCAUCACCAGAGAGCCUGCUGUACUGGGAACCACGGAGGAGGCUCAGCUGAAGUGGGGGCCAGACCCGACUACUACAUAUACGUUUUUACAGCCCAGCAGUGGGGCUAAAUAAAACAAAUGAUGUGAAUGAAGAAAUCAAAGCUCAGGAAUUAUAAGUGAUUUGCAUUAGGUGACUAGCCUAGAAAGUUAAAGGGACUAACACUAGAACACAAAUCUUACUUGUUAUCUAAUGUACUUUAUUCUAACCAACAUGCUGUCCUUGUGAGGUACAAAGAAUGAUUUUAAAUAACUUGUUGCAUAAAUGGCAUUUUAAAAAUUGUAAUUUCACCUGUUGUCUAUUACUGAGGUAGUUCUUUCUUGUUAAACAGACUUUGUGCUGAUCGUGGUAAUACACGACUGUGACCCCAGAAACUCAGGAAGCUGAGGCAGAAGGAUCACAAGUUUGAGGCCAACCUUGGCAACUUGGUAAGACCCUGUCUCAAAAUAAAAAUAAAAAGGACUGAGAAUGUAGCUUAGUGGUAAA